AUGGAUAAUGAUAAUUUUAUCAAAAACUUUGAUACCUUAGUGGGACCGUUCGUAAAAGCAAUCGGUGAAUGUGAAGAAGCCUUGCGAGCUCAUAGACAGCAAGAUACUCAAAAAUCAAACAAUAAAAAACUUACUUUUUG